AUGUACUUUCCAAAAGCCGUUCUUGUCCUCCUCGCCCUCUCAGUCAGUCAGGCAGCCUGUGCACCUGUGGCUGCUACAAGCAAAGACGUAACCGUUGUUACUCAUCAUGAAGCGGAUCACCUCGUACGGCGUGAACCAGAGCCUGAACCUCGACGAGGAGGGCUGGUGCACACAGUCGUGAGCGCAGGGAAGAGGCUUUAUCACAGCGAAACAGCCAGGGCUAUGGUUGGUAAUAUGGUCAGCCAGGCCGGCUCGGCAACAAAUAUUACUGAACAGCCGCAUCACCACCACAUCUACUCGCGCGGCCACCUCGUCUCCGACUUUUUGCUCUCUGACCCCAAGACGGAGAAUAUGGAGCAAUUUAUCAAGAGACUCACUAAUCGACCACCCUCAACGCCGUUACCUUCUACCACCACUCGAACCAAACCGGUAACCACCAAGGCUAUCUCGCAGGGCUUGGGAGCUACAAAUAUGCUGAGCGUAAUGGAGAUGCCCGAGCUUGGCGAUGAAGAAGAGGUGGAGUAUGACUAUGCUGGAUUCAAUCUUCUUCUCGUCAGCAUGGCACAAGAAGAUGCCAAACCUCGCUCUGUCCCUCAGAAUGCCGGAGAGCAUGAAGACGAAAUAUUGCCAGAGAUUGUACCCCGUAUGGCUCUCAUGACAAACUCGGGAGAAGGAGGUCGACUGACGGCGCGUUGGCUCGAGGGGGACGAGGCAAGACUCGGAGGAGUGUCGAAUGGCGUUGAUGGAAGCACGAUGGAGAUGUGGACAAAGAUUGAACUCGGGAAAAGAGCUCUUUCUGACCUUAUUCGUCGAGAGAUUGAGCUAGGAGCACAUUCGACUGAAACUACGAAGAGGUGCAGGUGUUACGUUGCCCAUCGCCAUGAUAGCUUCCAUCCCAGUGCCCCGGCGCACCUGGAGUGUGUUCGAGAAGAAGGGUCCGAUUGUGAUGUGGUCAAAGCAGACAAAGCCAAGACGAAGCAAGAUCGGGAGGAAGCUUUGAUAGAAGGGGUAUUUGACGUGCUUGCACUUAAAGACACGGAUAUAAACGCCCGCGACGAUUUCUUUGGCUCGGUGCGUGUCGAUCCACGCCAUCUCGAGAUUGCGGUCGACGGAGGAGCGAGGACGGUCGAGGGAUGGUACGCGACACGCACAUCGACCGUCUUGCUUGUCCGGAAAGAUGGGUGUGUCGUGUACCGCGAACGGGAUAUCUGGCGGCUGUCGAGUAGCGACCUCGAACGGGCUGCCAGUCCGUUUUCAGAAUGUAGAUGCAUGAGUCCUAUUAUACCUGGAGAAGUCGUGGAAGCAGAGCACGAGUGUCGGUUGCCCAUCGCAGAACAGGGCUUGUUCCCUGUGAUGGGAGAUCGCAAAGAAGACAGGGAACAUAUAUUCUGGUUGUACCUUUAG